AUGGAACAUAAUAUAAUAAAUACUAGGCUACACGAAAAUAGAGUAAGUAGCACGUAUGCUGAAAUCUAUUUUGACGAUGAAUAUUGUGAAAAUAAGUUUAUUGAAAUCAAAACAGAGGAUAAAGCAAAUCUAAAAAGAAGGAAAUCCAUUAAGCAAGAUGAUGUUAGUGAUUGGAUUUCACCUAGUGAUUUACUUAUCGGUAUAAUAGAGUUGAAGCCUCCUUUUACAUCAAAAAUCAAUCGUGGUAAAACUCAUGAGGGAAUAUUGCAAAUAGCUAACUCAGUGCUAGAACGUGAGCGUGCAAGAUUCCUGAAAUCCCUCUCUAAGUUGGUACAAGAAAAUGAUUCAUCGUGGCAACAUAUACUUAAACAUGAAAAAGAAACGGUGGUCAAAAGGGUUAGGCUAAUUUAUGACAAUAUUUACAAACAAAAGAGUAAGGUAAUGGCAGAGGAAAUCUCCAAUUUCUAUGAAGGUACUUUACAAGAUUUAGAAGCUCAUUUGCGGACUGAGAUACAAACUGUUUUAUCCAGUACUCACGCUAAUAUUAUAUCAAGAUUAAAUAAUGAUAUUAAACAAAAAUUAAAAAUUGAGAAGAAAAAACUUGAAGAUGUCUUAAGAAGAAGGCUUUUAUCGGAAGUUAAGAAAAUAAAUACAUAUUAUAAAUAUCUGUUUCGCAAUGAAGUCUUUCGAAAUGAAACUAUUAUUUGUCAAGCUCUUCAUGAAAGAAACAAUGCAAUACAAGCUUUCUUAAGGCAGGCAGAGGCUGAAAAAUUUACAAGUUCUAUGUACGUAAUGAGUUUAGAACGUAAAAAGUGUAUAAUAAAAAAUUUACUUUUAAAAAAUCACCAUGAAGCCGAGAUUAUGGAAAAAAUUGCGAAACUUAAGGAGAAUCAGGAAAUAAUUGAUUCUUUUAAGGAAAAAGAAAUUCCAUUUUUCAAUAUCAACCAAGAGUGGGAAGAAAAGAUAACAAAAGUACUACAACUUUUCCUCAAAUUCGUCGGUUUUUCACUAAAAUUAUUACCUGAACAAUCUACUUUCCUGCUUGAUUUAGAGAAAAUGGUGGUUUUACAAUUGAAUGAAAUACAGAAAUCUCCUGAAUAUGCACCAUCUCUACUUGUAGAUGAAAAAGAAUUAAUAAAUUUAUUUAAAUUUCAAGAAUGUGACAAAGAACCAACAGUCUGCGAUAAGGAGCCAUUUAUAUUAAUAGGAGAUUUAUCAGAUCCUGUUCCACCACGUUAUGGAAGUAGAGAAACGUUAACAUCUGAUGUAGAAUUGCCAUUUAUUAGACUACAGAGGCAGUAUAUGUACGCCAGAUGUCACGGAUAUGAGGACAUAAAGCAGUUUCUAAAGUCCCAAGUAUGCAGAUGUGAUAAGUAUCCAACUCCAUCACCUUCACUUGCCGAAGCUAUGAGCACAGAUGCUGUUCCUGUAGAAGUUAAUAUUCCAACUAAAACUGAAUCUUCGGAUGAACUUUUACUUUGUGAACAUUAUAGACGGCUUCCAGAUUGCCCAGCUCGAAAAUGUAAUGAAUUGAUUAGACAGGACUCCUUUCCCUUUUUGCCUUUGUAUUUAGAUUUUACAGAGGAGAAUUAUAAUCGGGUGACGGCUAUAUUGGGGAAAAGACCUGAGAGGGUUGCAUCGCCCGAUAUGAUUCAACCAAAAGAAGUGGUUUACAGAGAAUUACCGUUUUCUGCAACCAAAGAACCGUAUCAUACUGUUGAAACACAAUACUCUAGUCAAGAAACCAUAAGCGAUAAAGUUAUAUACCCAUGCACAUGUGCAGUAAGUGGUAAAGCAAGCACUUACGAAUUUCAUUCGACAGUCAAAGAGUCAUCAAGUGAUAUAAAUAUGGCGUUGAACAAAAGAAAAAUAUCUUUACAACGAUUAAUGAGGGAACGACCUAAUUUGUUGCAAUUAUUUACGGAUGAAUCUUAUGACAACAAAGUAUAA